AUGACACUUAACUACUUUUUCGACAUGACUGCUAAUGCGCGUACCUGCUCAGCAGAAAGCGGGACGGCAUCCGCGCGAAAUUUGGGCAAUGCCAAGUCGCUGAAAACAGAAGACAGGGGUGCAGCAGUGCGUGUGGGACGUGGUCAGCCUCGCAGCACUGCCCGCCAGAAGGAACAUGCACGGAGCCUCCUCUGGCUAGGAGCCGCUUGGAGCGUCUCGGGAGUCCACCGACUCGCGAGUUUCAACAGUGAAAGCCAAAGCUUCAGUAUCGCCACCUUCAUCGUUAUCGUUGUCGUCAUCAUCUUCAUGGUCAUGUUACCAAUGACGCUGGCAGUCCACGUCGCCCGAAAGGAACGCGCGCUUCUGUCACCGUCGAACAACCUGCACCGCCAACAGCUGCCGCUAUUCUCCUGCCUCGCAACCGUGGCAAUGCUCCGCCUGAUCCCCUACCUACUGCUGCUGUUGCUGGCGCUGCCCGGUGGCACCCUCGCACAGACUGUCCCGGGCUGCGGCUCAAGCGCCUUCAUCUAUCGCAACGGGGUCCCUGCAAAUUCGAUCGACGUGAUGUUCCGAGAUUCCCAGACAGGGGAAUCUGUUGGUUGGGGUUAUAUUGCUAUGAACUUAAGCGCAUUGACUCUACCAGAGCCCAUCGCGACCGACCAAACGGUACCCGGAACUAUAAAUAUCGCAGUGAAACUGGGGGCCUUUGUCGGAAGCAUUCAGGGCAGCGUUCAAACCGAGUCCAUGUUUCAGUCUAAUUACCCCGGCGGCGGCGCUAGUUGUUCUGGUGACUCUAAUUCCUAUAUUUCAUUCCCCAUGGACAUGCCGCAAAAUGUGGUAUUCGCCUCGACGAUGGACUACAAUGGACUCCUCACCGGCAUUCUGACAAAUCCGAUCCUCGGAAUCCCGCAAUGUCAGCCAAUUGUACUCUACCUCCUUGCGAAGUUCACAGACAAAAAUAAUUCGUCUCGUUCCGCCUACCUGGCCACGGACUGGGUGUCAGCAGGCAAUGCCUCUGACCCGGUCGCUAGUGACGUCAGCCUCACACCGUACCGGAUGACGUCACCCAUGGGGCCGUUCAACGUAACCGCCACCGCCGCCACCUACUGCUUCCGGAUCUCCGCCUCAGCAACAGUGGACAGCACCAGCCCAUGUGCGAGAAUGGUCAUCAAUGAGCUUCAAAUCGUCAUCGACCCCAGCUGCGUGGAGUCCUUCCCCAACUCCUUCAGGGUCACCACCGUCAACAGUGUGACGGUGUCCCCCGUCUACAGCUACAGGACAUGGCGGGAGCAGACGUACGGUGUGAUGACGAUCACGUCCCUGGCGAGUACCUUCCCCGUAACCCCCGCUGGCGGCCUGUAUGUAUGUCUGGCCAUGAGUCGAAACAGCAGGUGUGGCACUCCGGCGGGGCUGUGCUACGGAAACAGCUGCGCGUACUCGCUGCUCAAUGCGGACAACAGCUGCUGCCCCGCCAGCCAGGUGCCGUACUAA